AUGAGUUCUUGGAUGAACUAUCCGUCCUCUUUGCUGCUGUUGCUGUUAGGCUUGAGCCUGCACAGCGCGUGCAUUACGCGAGCGAACGGUCAGCACGGUAAUCAGGACGGUGGUCAUGAUUCCUUAGUGGUGGAGACUACUAGUGGGCUGAUGCGCGGUUUCUCUCGUAUGGUGCUCGAUCGUGAGAUUCACGUGUUCUACGGAGUGCCGUUCGCGAAACCUCCGGUUGGGCCUCUGCGAUUUCGCAAGCCGCUGCCGAUCGAGCCCUGGCACGGGGUCCUGAAUGCCACCACGUUGCCCAAUAGCUGCUAUCAAGAGCGUUACGAGUACUUUCCGGGCUUUGAGGGUGAGGAGAUGUGGAAUCCUAACACCAACAUCUCCGAGGACUGUCUGUAUCUCAACAUUUGGGUGCCGCAGAAGCUGCGUCUACGUCACAAGGAAUCGCCAGACAGCGUCGGUAAUAACGGUAUGGCGAUAUUGGUCUGGGUCUAUGGAGGUGGCUUCAUGAGCGGUACCGCCACCCUGGACGUCUACGAUGCCGAUAUUAUGGCGGCGGCCGGUAAUGCGAUCAUCGCUUCGAUACAAUAUCGUGUCGGGGCUUUCGGUUUUCUGUAUCUCAAUCAGCACUUUACCAAUAGCGAGGAGGCGCCAGGUAACAUGGGUCUCUGGGAUCAGGCCUUGGCACUUAAGUGGCUCCGUGAAAACGCGCGCGUCUUCGGCGGUGAUCCUGACUUGAUUACGAUCUUUGGCGAGUCUGCGGGUGGUAGUUCAGUGUCCUUACAUCUCAUCUCACCGGUUACGCAAGGUCUAGUGCGUCGAGGUAUCCUUCAGAGUGGCACCCUCAACGCCCCAUGGAGUUACAUGACCGGCGAAAAGGCAAACGAGGUGGCUCGAGUGCUGGUGGACGAUUGUGGAUGCAAUUCGACAAUGCUGCAAGAAAACCCGGCACGUGUUAUGGCCUGCAUGAGAUCGGUAGACGCGAAAACUCUCUCCGUGCAGCAGUGGAACAGUUAUUGGGGCAUUCUCGGCUUCCCGUCGGCGCCCACCAUCGACGGGGUCUUCCUGCCUAAGGAUCCAUUGGAUUUGGUCAGAGAGGCGGAUUUCAAAGACACCGAGAUCCUGAUUGGAAAUAACGAGAACGAAGGAACAUAUUUUAUUCUGUACGAUUUCAUUGACUUCUUCGAGAAAGAUCAAGCCAGUUUUUUGGAGCGAGAUAAAUUUCUCAACAUCAUCAAUACUAUCUUCAAGAAUAUGUCGCAAAUCGAGCGUGAAGCCAUCAUUUUUCAA